UUUUUUCUAGCUUGUGUGAUAUGACGAGGUAGAGGUUAAAAAAGAAAGAAAGAAACGAAGGAUGAAGGCAGUGGCUCUUCUUCGUCCUCUCUACAUCCCAUCAUUUCCUUCACGCCCUCACGUCUACUGUCUUCCCAAACGCACAAAUCUUCAUGUCUCAUGCUCCUCUCAAAGGACAGAGUCUCCGGUAAAAGCAGAAGAUAGUACUUUUCCAAGGUCGGAGGAGUACAGGUAUCAAUUCUAUGAUGAUUGGUUUCUCGCUCUCUUUCGUAACAAAAUGGUGAAGGAAGUUGGAUGGGAUUCAGAGAAAGCAGGAUAUGAUGGAUUGAUUGAAGUAGCUAGUCGUCUCAUGUUGAGGAGGACCCCUUCUGAUACUACAGAUGCAGCUGUUAGAAUACUGAGGUCCUUGUUUCCUCCAUUUUUACUGCAUCUGUAUAAAUCGCUGGUAUCACCUAUAGGAGGAGGAAAACUAGCUGCUAUAAUGGUUGCAAGAGUGACUGUAAUCACUUGUCAGUGGCUCAUGGGCAUAUGCAAAGUUAAUUCUGUUGAUCUUCCUGAUGGAUCCUCGUGGGAGAGUGGGGUUUUUGUAGAAAGAUGCAAGUAUUUAGAAGAAAGCAAAUGUGUAGGGAUUUGUGUCAACACUUGCAAGCUUCCAACUCAGACCUUUUUCAAGGAUUACAUGGGGAUUCCUUUACUGAUGGAACCAAAUUUCAACGAUUAUAGCUGUCAGUUCAAAUUUGGGGUCCUUCCUCCGCUACCUGAAGAUGACGGCACUCUCAAGGAACCUUGCCUGGAGGCAUGCCCAAUUGCAAGCAAAAGAAGGGGAGCUGCUGCAGACAUGGUCAUAAUGCGAUGUCCAAAGGGAGAGAGAUCGGAAAUAUUGCAGAUGGAGAAGGGGAUGCGAAUGCCUAACACUGGAACGUGUGGAAGCCCAUCUUCACUCGCCUGUACGCUAUAAAAUUGGCAACUAGUAGGUCACGAUUACACAGGACAAAGAAAGACUAUUUUCAUUGCAAGUCAACUGCAUAAAAGGAUUCAUCCAUAACAAAAAGCCUACACAUGACAGAAGCAUGAUCCUAGACUCCUGCCCGCUAACUAAGGUUCCUCAUUUGCUGUUGUGCGUGCCACCGACAGUCUCCACAUGGAGGCCUGCCGAAGAGAAUUACAGCAUGUUUCAUCUCCACUCAAUACGAUAAUUAUAUAUAUAUAAACCCUACGGUGAAGCAAGACUCGGUGCACUGUGGAGUGCUGCAAUUCAUUGAUGAUUUUGCCCUCCACAUUUGUAAAGAAAGGGCUGAGUUUUGGAGGAUAAAAUGAUCUUUUCACGGGGUUAUUGUCUGAGGGGUGAAUUGAUAUCUUCAUGUUCUUAUUGAGCAAUUAAAUUGCUACUCUACCCUUUAAAAAAAAUAUAUAACCUCCAGGGCAAGGAGCAUUUAUGGUUUUUCAAUAUUUUUUUAAA